AGAUAUGAGCAAUGGGCGUAACUUUUGCCUUCGACUGUAUGGGUUUGAUUUUUCGUGGAACCACUGAUACUACCUGUCCUGCGCAUGUCACUUCAACAUGCCGAACGCUGAAUGGUGGGCUCAACUCAUCGGCAUCCGUCCUGGGCAGCAGCAGUUCACGCGGAAACGGCGACCGAAGUUAGAAAGUUAGCGAAGAAGUGAAUCGUGAUCCGUGAAUUCUUGCAACAGACACUAAGCGUUUAUUGUUGUUUGUUGUUAUUAGUGUUUGUGUUUUUUCCCCGUAACGAUUUCCAAAUGACCACUCAUAUAUGGCGGUACCAAUUCUUCAGUUCAGCGUUGUGUUUACAGUAGGACUGUGCUUAGGCCCUGCAGCAGGUCAUGUUUACAGUUGGUAUUCCCCGAACGCUUUACGGAUUGUUGCAGGUCAUGAAGUGGUUCCGUUCAGCGUAUCCGUCAUACCCCUAUCGCUUCACCUAAAAGACCCACAAAGUGUGGUCGCGAAAAGAGAAGCCUCGGUUACGCUGUCCUGCGAAACCACCUCUGCAAGCGAUGGCCGUCUACAAUUCGCCUGGUACCAUUGGAAUAAUACCAUCGUGCCCGGAAACGACUUAUUUAACCGGACCAUCCUCCCUAACGGGACCUUGGUCAUUCCUAGGGUCGUUCCGGGCGGCGCCGUUAAUAACAUCAGGAAAGGAGUUCGUCGCGGGGGCGGCGGAGUUGAAGGCGAAUAUCGAUGCCUCGCGCGAAAUAACAAAGGUGCAAUACUGUCAGGGCCGGCACAACUUACCAUUGCAAGUUUAGCUCGUGGUUUUCAAAAGGCACCCGCCGACGUUGAAAUUCACGAAACACAACCAGUAAUACUUCCUUGCCACAUUAAUUCAAUUCCCACCGCUGUUAUACGGUGGGAAAGGGAUAGCAAACCUCUACCUCAUAGCACAAGAUAUGUUCCUCUUCCUUCGGGAGCUUUGUUAAUAAACAAUGUUCAUUCAGUAGAUGCAGGUUAUUACAGAUGUAUAGCAACAAAUAAAAUACUUAAAAAGUCUAGAAUAAGUACGGCGGGUAAUUUGACAGUCUUGCCACAUCCUAAUUUUCCUCAGGCUCCUAGAUUUCUACUACCUCCGGGCUCGAAACCCAAAACGACGGUUGUGGCCGGCACAAACCUAUCACUACAUUGCGCUGUGACGGGAUGGCCUAUUCCUGAAAUAAAAUGGUUAUAUAGAAUGGAAUAUUUUAUAGGAAAUAUAAGCACACUUACGUUGAAAAAUAUAAGUUCAAAUUUUACGGGUAACUACACUUGUUUAGCUUCAAAUACUGCUGGAAAUACUUCCCAGGACUAUUUUGUUGAAGUACAAACUCCUCCUUAUUUUAAUUUUACUCCUGUUUCAACUGUAUAUCCUUCUGCAAAAACUUUGCGUUUAGAAUGUAGCGCCCUUGGCUAUCCUACCCCUGAAGUUCAUUGGCUAGUGAAUGGAACAAGGGUAGCAUACAGUGGAAGAAUAAGAAAGUUAAACAGCACUCUAAUUUUUAGCCAUUCAUUUACUUCAGAUCAAGGUAUAUACCAAUGCGUUGCGGUAAAUUCUGUCGGUGAAAAAUGGGCUGCUGCCGAAAUAAUGCCAGAUCGUUCGAAAGGAAUUCCCCGUCCACCGCAAAAUGUUCGAUGUCGGCCGUACGACGAAAAAAGUAUAUGUCUAACUUGGGAUAAUCCUCCACAUCUAACAGCCCAGGCAUACAGUGUUAAUUCUUAUCUGGGAAGAGACAUGGGUCCGGAGUAUAUUACAAAUGUGACCUAUCGGUUAGCUACAGGACUAAGUACAAAUACAAAUUAUACAUUUUAUAUUCGUCUCUAUCAGACGUCUGCAAGCGACCAAUCGGAAAAUGUCACAUGCCGUACUGAAAAAGUUGGAAAUCGUAUGUUAAACGUUAAAGCACUAUCGUACAACUGUGUUGAGUUAACGUGGAACGAAGUAAAUACUGAUAUACAGUGUGGUCAAAAUUAUGCGUCUUAUAAGGUGCAAUGGAAGGACGUCGACCAAUUACAUUCAUACAUCAAGUUUACAAACACCAGGAAAAUGAUAAUUAGUGGUUUAUUGCAUGGGAAGACGUACAGAUUUCGAGUUCCUUCAAAAAAUUCGUCUGACCAAACCACGUCAGUUACUUACAAUCUGUCUCAAGAAAAUUUGGUCGGUAACGAUGAAUGUCACAUAAAUUCAUCCUCGAACUUAAUGAAAGUUGAAGCUAUGGAACCAUCUAGCGUUAAUUUGACUUGGUCGCCUGAAAAAGAAACAGAAAUAGAUUUUUUCGACGUCUGCUUUCAGGAAGCUCAAAAAGAAAAGGAACUUGAACCUCCGAAAAGAAAGUGUUUUGAGAGUAAAGGAACUCAUUUAAAUAUUACGGAUCUUAAACCCGGGACUUUCUACACCUUUAGUUUGCAAACUAAUUAUAAAAACGGUACCUCAUCUACUACUCCCUAUUUAACUGAAGUACAAACAGCUACAGAUGUACCUUCCGUUGUGCAAAAACUACAUUAUAAGAUUUUAUCAUUAAAUUCCGCUUGUAUUACGUUCAAACCACCACUGAAAGAGAAAGAAAAGAUAAUCGGUUAUCUUCUUUCCUAUACACCAAACGAAGACUGGCAAUAUGAACAGUGGCAGAAAAUUAAUAUUACAUUAAACGAUUUCGAACAAAAUCAGCAAUGUGUAGUAGAAGAUAACGAAACGUUGUCGUUUGUUUUGAACAAUUUGAAUCCUGAAUUGCAAUAUGUAAUCAUUGUUCAACCCUUUAGUGCAGUAUCCACUGGAAACCCAGCUUUACCUCUUACAUUCUCCACCAAAGAAUUGAGUACAAAUAUUAGUCUACCUGAAAAUACUAAUCAGGUCGAUUUGCGUUACAAACAAAAAUUAGGUAUAGCACUAGGAGUGUCUAUUUCAUUAUUGUGUAUCUUGUGCUGUUCGAGUUACAUGCUAUUGAGGAAGAAGUGCGUUAAAAGGGAAACGACGAUACGAGCUCAGCAUGUACGAACCAAUUAUUUACCUGUAGGUAUGACCACAUUACCCAGUGCACAUCCCAGAAGUGGUGAAGUUUGCACAGCUGAAGCUCAUGAAAUGCAAGUGCUUAUGUCUGAUGAUUCUAUUUUAGGAGACAUACCGUCAGAUUCUUUGGCUCACAUCGAUACAAAGGGUGGGGUUGGUUUUCCCAAUUGUAAAGUGAAUGGAAUCAUCAAAGAUGCAAAAGUUAAUGGCAUGGUUCACAUCACAGAAAAUCCACGUUUCAAGUACUUGGCUUCGAAUGGUCACGCAGUUGUCGAAAGUUGCAAUGAACAAAACGGAAAUGGACCAUCAACAAUAACGUCUCCACCGUCUAUCAUCAACGGUGUUGAGAAUACGAACACAAACGCUUCGGCAACGAACGGGGGUUCGUUUAAAUCGAAAAUGAAAACGAAUGUAUCUAAGAAAGAUCUUUUAAAACUUUCUGAUUACAAUUCAAACAACGAAAUCUCGACAUCUAGUGCAAAAUUCCUCGAUGAUGAAGACGCUUCAUUGAACAGCACUGCGAUAACAUACCUGGAUGAUUCGACUUCUUCUGUGCCACCUGGAAGGAGAAUAUCAUCUAUUCUAGGCCCAAACGGCUGACAAUUGGCGUAUUAGACGGUAAAAAAAUUUUAGUGUCCGAUUACAGGAAGUACAACUCAAAUAAUAUUUUAAUAAAAAACACCAAACCAAAUAAAAAAAAUACAAAACAAACAAACAAAAAUGACACCCGUUGCUGAUUGCAACGUUCCCAAAGAUGUCGGAUGAACCACAUUUUUUUGCAAUCAGCUCUAAUUUUAAAUAAAUGCAUAGUAAGAUUUUUCUUACAACACUUUGGCAAGGAUGGUACGGAGAAACACAUAUUCAAUUGCAUCAUCCGGGUUUUUAUUUUUAUUGUUAUGUUUAUUUUAUUUCCCAGGACAAUUUAGCUCGUACCGUACAAUCCUUGCCAAGUAAUUUAUUUCUAGGACUCAAACAUGUACAAACAUUAACGUCCUCGAUAAAAUCGCGAGGAGAAUACUACAUUACAAACUACACAGUUUAAUAUGCAGCAGAAUUGAACCCCAAAAAUAAUUUAUUAUUAGUGUAGUUUUUAGGGUAAUGAUAAACGUACAUACAUAAAAUAUGCUUGAGCUUGAAGGUAUUACAGAUGAUGAAUGAUGUGUAAUUUGAAUUGAAAAUUGUGAAGCAAGAUGCAGAGUAAUUUUCUUAAUAAAUGGUCACCGGUUAAAAAAAUAUAAUGAAAAUAGCAGAUGUUUGUUAGGGUUGAAAACACAUAAUAGAUUAUUUACGAUUUAUGCUGCCCAGAUAUGUAUGUGAACACAGUAACUUAUUUUUUGUUUGCGUCCGUUUUUCGUUGUUGAUGUUUAGAAUUUUUUUAUACCGACAAUUAUUAAUUCUCAAAAUUGAAAGGACAAGGGUCCAGAACAUUCAUGUCUUGAACAAAUUUGAGCAGUUACAGGUAAUUUUCGUUAUUCUCUUCGUUCUUUAACUGGUACACGUUUUUAUAUAUA